AAUUUUAAAAAUAUAAUUUUCAACCACAACAAUGGCGUCUCUCACCCCUGGCAUCCUCUCCAAACUUCUCCAAAAUCUUAGCAACACUGUCGCCGGAGGGUAUCGACAAGAAAGUGGGUGUGAAAGGAGAGAUUGAGGGUUCGGGAAAAGAUGGGUUAGAGAGAGAGAGAGUCUGCCUUCUCUCUAGAAAUUGCCUAAAUUUCUAGGGUUUUCUCAUUCAAUAUUUCGUUGAUAAUGGCUGAUCUCACAUCUGAUUUACGCAAUUUGGCUACGAUGGCUGAUGGGUUAGUGACUGAAGGUUCUCCUUCGCCUAAGGGGAGUUCGCACAUCGUGAAAGAUUUACUGUUGGAGAGGGAUUUGUUAACAUUGAUGGACAUCGUGAAGCGAAAUGGGGGUAAGAAUCAGUCUUCUGCCUCUGAGAUUGUUUUGGGUAUGAGCCCUAGGGCUUCGAUUGAGGUUCAGUCCGAGGUCCCUACUCCUAGUUCCUUUGUCGAAGCUAUGGGUGGUCUCUGUUUCGAGAUCCGAGACCUUGCUCAGCAACAAAAGCUUUGUUUUGGGGGAGAAGUGGCGUCGAGCCCUGCCGUUGUUCAUUCGCAGCACUGCUACAAAUGUUGAGAUUGAGUUGCCUGUUCCAGCCGAUGCUACCAACCCAAAUGUUUGGACAUCAUUGGGAUCUGCUUCAUAUGCACCAGAAAAGGAUGCUUUGAUCUGGAAAAUUAAUCUUUUCCUGGUGGAAUAUAUGCUUAGAGCGGAGUAUACUCUUCCCAGUAUAACAUCUGAAGACGCAGCUCCUGAGAGAAAAGCUUCUAUACGUGUGAAGUUUGAGAUACCAUAUUUUGUUGUUUCAGGAAUCCAGGUUUCCCCUCUCAAAUACAAUUUUUUU